AUGGCGGCAACGGCUGUGGUGGCAAGUCGGCAGCAGUCCGGCACAGACGAGGGGUCAGUCGCUCGGCCCAGCACGGACAUGGGGCUAGUCCAGCUCCCCGCUUGGCCCAGCACGGACUUGGGGUCAUUCUGGCUCCCUUCUCGGCCCAGCACGGACUUGGGGUCAGUCUGGCUCCCCGCUCAGCCCAGCACGGACGUGGGGUCAGUCCAGCUCCCCGCUUGGCCCAGCUCGGGCAUGGGGUCAGUCCGGCUCCCCGCUCGGCCCAGCACGGACGCGGGGUCAGUGGCUCUGCCCAGCACGGACAUGGGGUCAGUCCAGCUUCCCGCUCAGCCCAGCACGGGCUUGGGGUCAGUCCAGCUCCCCGCUCGGCCCAGCUCGGGCAUGGGGUCAGUCCGGCUCCCCGCUCUCAGGUGGUCACCGUGGCUGCCGUUGUUACUGUUGCUGCUCGUGGUGGUGAUGGUGGCGGGGGCCGAGCGGCAGGUGCCACUGGUGCUGUGGUCAAGUGACCGGGCCUUGUGGGGGCCCGCGGCCGACACCCACGAGGGCCACGUCACCAGCGCUGUGCAGCUGUGGGCUUACUUAGAGCCCGCGCUGGAGCGGGGUCCCCGGCAUGUGCUGCUGUUCGUGCAGGACGAGCUGAGCGUGGAGGAUUUUACAGCCCACGGCGCAGUGUUUGGAAACAAGCAGGACAGUGCCUUUUUUAACCUGGAGACAGCCCUGGGCCUGGCCUCCUCCUCACUGGUGCUUCCUGCUGUGGCCUGCUCUGCAGUCCGCACUCUGGCCACCUACCUGCAGGAGAAGCUUAGGACCAGAGCUCUGCACGUGGCCAUGGCCACCUUGUGGGAGCUGAAGCUCAAUGUCAGCCUUCCCACCCUGCUGCUCAUCCGGCUGCCCUACGCUGCCAGUUCUGGUCUGGUGACACCCAGGGAAGUCCUCAGAGGCAAUGAUGACAUCAUCGGGCAGGUGCUGGACGCACUCAAGUCUAAGGAGAUGCCCUAUACGGCAGCCUUCACAGCGCUCCGCCCCUCCAGGGUGGCCCGUGAUGUAGCCAUGGUGGUUGGGGGUCGGAGACGCCAGCCUCGACCGAAGAAGCCAGCCUCACCUGUGAUCCAUCCCCCUGUAAGUUACAUGGACACUGCUAUCCGAAUCCUCUUCUGGGCCCAGAACUUCUCUGUGGCCUACAAGGACCAGUGGGAAGACCUGACACCCCUCACCUUUGGGGUGCAGGAGCUCAACCUGACAGACUCUUUCUGGAAUGACUCCAUGGCCAGGCUCUCCUUGACCUAUGAACAACUGUUCGGUAUGAUGGUGACAUUUAAGUUUAUUCUGGCUAAUCGCUUCUAUCCGGUGUCUGCCCGGUACUGGUUUACCUUGGAGUGCCUGGAGAUCCACAGCAACGGCUCGGUCGUUUACUUCAACGCUUCCCAGGUCACAGGGCCCAGCGUCUACUCCUUCCACUGCGAGUAUGUGAGCAGUCUGAGCCGCCGUGGCAGUCUCCUGGUGGCCCGCACGCAGCCCUCACUGUGGCACGUGACUUUUCAGGACUUCCAGAUUCAGGCUUUCAACGUGACAGGUGAGCAGUUCUCCUACGCCAGUGACUGCGCUGGCUUUUUCUCUCCAGGCAUCUGGAUGGGGCUGGUCACCUCCCUUUUCAUGCUGUUCAUCUUCACCUAUGGCCUGCAUAUGCUCCUCAGCCUCAAGACCAUGGACCGCUUUGAUGACCACAAAGGCCCUGCCAUCUCUUUGACCCAGAUUGUGUGA